GAUGAUGAAACAGUGCUUUCUCAGAUCGUCAGUGUAAGAAGAAUGGAAACUCAAAAUUCUGUCAGUUCAGCUCUUGAUAGCGGAGAGAGAACAAGAGAAAAUCACAAACCAGGAGGAUCAACAAUCUACAAGUUGGUUGGAAUCAGUUUCGGCCUGCUAUGUGUCAUACAAUCAUCACUCAAUGUCUAUAUGUGGCUACAAGUCGAUGAGAAUUCCAACAAAUCAAAAAACAGUUCAACUUGCAAUUUUACCUCAGUGUCAGCUGAUGACAUCAGAGGAGUGCUUUUAGAGAGAGACCAAAUUCUUCGAGAGAAAGAGCAGCUGAAUCAAUUUAUAGAUCAGCUGCUGCAGGAGAAAGACAAACUGCUUGAAGAGAACAGUCAACUGAAUCGGGAUAAAAAUCAGCUCAUUCAAGAGAAAGACAAGCUGCUUGAAGAGAAGGCUCAGCUGAAUCGAGAUAAAAAUCAGCUCAUUCAAGAGAAAGACAAACUGCUUGAAGAGAAGGCUCAGCUGAAUCGAGAUAAAAAUCAGCUCAUUCAAGAGAAAGACAAGCUGCUUGAAGAGAAGGCUCAGCUGAAUCGAGAUAAAAAUCAGCUCAUUCAAGAGAAAGACAAACUGCUUGAAGAGAAGGCUCAGCUGAAUCGAGAUAAAAAUCAGCUCAUUCAAGAGAAAGACAAACUGCUUGAAGAGAAGACUCAGCUGAAUCGAGAUAAAAAUCAGCUCAUUCAAGAGAAAGACAAACUGCUUGAAGAGAAGGCUCAGCUGAAUCGAGAUAAAAAUCAGCUCAUUCAAGAGAAAGACAGACUGCUUAAAGAGAACAGCAGACUGAAUCAAGCCCUACUAAACCUUCCAAGUUGUUCCCCGGAAUGGAAAAGAUUCAGGUCAAGCUGCUACCAAAUUUCCUCUUUUGAAUCCACCUGGGAGGAUGCCAAACAAAACUGUGAGAGGCAUGGAGCUCAUUUGGUGAUUAUCAGUGAUGAUGCAGAAAAGGAUUUUGUCGGUUCUUAUGGACAGGCUGUACAUUUUUGGAUAGGCUUGAAACAUCAGUGGAACUACAUGAGCAGUAUGUGGACAUUGAAAUGGGUGGAUGGAAGCCAACUGUGUUAUAACAACUUCAGAGAAACAUUCUCAUUCUCAUCCUCUACACCCUGGAAUUCCGCCUACACAUGUGCGUACCAAAGUGCAACUUGGUACAUUUGGUAUACUGCUGAAUGUAGCAAAAUCUACUACUGGAUGUGUGAGAAGGAGUUAAAAGUUCUAGCUUGA